GGUUAUAUUGUCUUCUUGAAGUUAGCAGUGAGUUACCAGAAAUGAAACAUGAAAGUGGCAUGAAUAUAACAGGUCGUACUUUAACUCAUGUUGCUGUAACCUUGGAGCGCAUUUAUUAUUGCAUGGAUUCUGAUAAAAGCAGAGAAGAGUACAGAAACAAAGUAAUGGAAUUCAUUAAUGAUAAAUUAAGAGCGCCAGAUAUUGAAAGCAAAGUUCGUGCUACAACCACUAUAACUGUUCUUCUUCAGGGGCCCUUAGAGGUAGGGAAUUUUUGUCUAGCUCAAAAAGGCAUUGUUGAAAUGAUGCUUGUUAUGGCUUCAUGUGAUGAUGAGCUUCAACAGGUAUGUUACCAUACUCUUACAUAACUUGUUACUAUUUUGAUUAAAA